AUGUCGGGCAAGUCCUGGUACUCCCUCAAAUCCAAGGCAGUCCACACUCGGUAUGGCUUGACCAAAAACAUCCAGGUCCUCCUCCAAGGCCUGGAGAGUUUCCACGCAGGAAUCAUCGAUGCGAGAGAACUGGGAAGCAUGGUCCGACUGAGCCCUAAACGACGGGAAUCUGUCGCCGCGACGAUAGCCAAGUGUGCCCGCAUGAUCAACAAAGACCCUCAAGAAUCCAAAACAUGCGUCGAUAUCAUAGAGAUGUGUACUGAAAUCCUUGAGAUUGCUGACCGCCCGCCGCCCAUCGACAGCUUCCCGUUCAUGAGACUGCCUGCCGAGAUCCGCGAACACAUCGUCGAUUUGAUGGUCGACACCGUUUACAAAGGGAAGGCCAUUAAACCUGGUGCACGAAAAGUGAGCUGCAAUUGCCCAAAGAUUGAACGAGAAUACGAUGGCUUCCAGUCUCCCCAAAUGAAGGCGUUGCCGUCUAUACUCGGCCCAGCACUCAACCAAGAAUUCUUCCGCAUCUUUUUUCGCAAGAAGACUGUUCGUUUCCGCUGCUGCUGCGAGCUGUUGCACCACCUCGACAACAACCCGCUGCUCGUACAUAAUGUCCGCGACAUCAAAGUUCACUGGUGUGGACCAACGUCAGCGACGGCCUUCAAAAAGCUGGGCGAAUGCGACAGGCUCGAGUCCCUGACAAUCAGCAUUUCCAAAUCCACUCUGGCGUACCUCAGCCCACGAACCGACUUGAUGAAGACGUUCUUCCCCCUCACAUACCGCCAUGUCAGAAUAACGGACAUCCUUGGACUGGAUGAGCUUUUGACCGUACGAGGCCUCAAAGAGGUGGCGGUUAUCCAUGCUCAGUCCAAGAGCACGAAUCUGACCGUGGAAACGGACAGAGCCAAUCUUUCAGAGCUACUGACUCAUCAACUCAAAAAAGACAAGGGUUACGAUCCUCUCGACGAUUUCUAG